AUGGCGGCCCCUAAGGACCUCAUAGAGGCACUAGGUGCCAUGCCCAUGUAUCAACUACUCCCGAAGCAGGAAUUGGCGCCUCUUCUCUCGUUUUCUCGUCUAGAUCCAUGUCUGAUCAGCGCCACAUCUUACCUAUCCAACGCGUCCGCUGCUUUGGCUGAAAAGGCCGAACAGCAUUUGAAUAGUGAUGAUUCAGGUCAGGCUAUUUCCCUAUUCACAAGGAUGUUUGAGAAAUUCGACGACCCUGCCCUCCAUAAUCUCAAGUUCAAACUACCGGUUAUACUGGGUCAAAGUAAUAGAGCUCCAGAGUCUCCUGUUUUAGGACAGUUCUACGGUUCUAUUUUCGAAUCGCAGACUCGGGUCGAGGAUCUGGAUCUUCUAGAAGUGGAACCAACACUAGAAGAUGUGGCUGGAGUUGAUGAUGUUGUUCAAUUGGUGGAUAAUUGGUCAGAUCACACAGCCGUAGCGAAUCAUAUUCGACAUUACACUAGUAUGCUUGAGAAAUUGCAGCAGAAACGUCUGUUGAAGCGAUCUCUGGUAGCGGAGAAGUCAGGGCCUUUGAAACGAGCACGAAUCGAGUACCAUAAGCUUCUGGACCAUCGUGAAGCUGAAUUGUAUGUGUUGAUCGAUCUGUGGGAUACAGAGCUCUCGCUCAAUUCGAAGCUUACAGAAUCUUCCUCUGACUCUACUUCUAAGGCGAUUACUUCCACUAUUACUGGUGUCACUAAUCCUUCAUCUACCUUUUUCCGCAAGGUAUCUAGCUUAUUAUCUGCUUUGGCUGAAGCAAAUAAGUUUAUAACUCUAAAUGUGGAGUAUCUUCAGAGAAUCCAAGGAAUUUGCUCUCUAUUUCUUGCAUCCAGCAUCCACGAAAAUCAAGGUAAUGUCCAAGUUCUGAACUUCUUAGCCCACGACUUAUUGAUGGCCUCGGAAUCCAUCUUAAUAAUCAUGAAUGCCGGCAUUGACGAUCGUCGCUUACAUAUCAGUUCCAACAUCAACAGGGUUGUAGAUUGCAUCGAUAUUCUUGUCAAGGCUGCCCUUGAAUCCCCCAUGAGCAGUGGGUCUACUUUCGUUAACUCCGUUGGUCGUCUUGUGGAUUCAGUAUCCCUCUGUAUAUCCCAUAUCAACGUUGAGGAACUGACUCUUACUCAGUUGGAGUACAUUUGCAUUCGCGCCAUAUUUACGGAGACAACUGCCAUUGGUUUUGAAGGCGUUCGUCACUCAAUGAUUAACCUAAUGGUACGAAUGUUCAAAUCAUAUCCCGGGCAGCGAAACUUCAUCGUGAACGAGAUGCUUCUAAACUCGAAAAGUCUCCUGUUGCUGACAGUAUCUGCUCAGCAGCUUCGACUCAGGAGUGGUGUCAGCGUUCUGUUCUUCACAGCUUUUCUUUUGCGGCUCGUGCAGAGUUUUGAUGCUCUCUCCAUCAGCAAGGAUGUAAAGGCAUUUGCGGGUCUUCCAAAGAGUAAUGUGCGAACUAGUGCAACCAAUUUGAAAAGAAUCACGAUCAUGAAGAAUAUCCAGGCAAUUUACCAAGAUUCUGUCAAAGUAGCAAAUCUCAUCUCCGAAUAUUUCUUGAAAGCUAUUACAUCCUCAGAAUCGUCUUUUAGGCGAGUUUUUAUUGUAUUUGUGGAUGAUAUCGUUAAAUUGAUGGCAUUUUCAGAUUGGCCUGGUGCAGCUACUAUGGUGGAAUCCAUAAUGAGAGUAUUCACUAGAGAGUUUGAGGCUAACAGCUUUUCUGGCCAAAGUGAGCCAUUUGUACUUGAGAUUGUCGGUAAAAUUGGCUUGGAGAUUUAUAAGCAGAAACAGAAAACUGAACCCUGUUGUUCCUUUGAUGCAACUGACAAAGAAAGUAUUAAAAUGUUGGCCCGUUAUCAAGUCAGACUACUAUCAGAGAGUCGUAAUGCUUCAAAACUUGGUCUGCAAGAUCAGAAUUUUCAGUACUUGUUGCUCAAAUUCUUGAGACAGUUUGAAAUGCUACAAGAACAAGCAGACGACAAAGAUGGAGAAUAUCACAUCUUUGACAUCAAUUCGCAAUCUACCAAUCAAAGUGUCCUGGAAGAGAUAAGGGUCAUUAACGGGCAUUUAGAUGAGUUGUUGGCCAUGGUGGGCUUAAACUUUCGUACUUCAAGUAAUCAGAUUGUCGAUAAAGCAGAUUCCUCAGGCAAAAUGUAUCGAAAUUUGAUACUUGGAGAAAGUUUUGAGGAAAUGUAUGAAAGUUAUUUCUCUAUUUUAAUUACCUCCUUGAAUUCCUCAAAGGCAAAGGUUGCAACAAAGGCUAUCAAGUUGCUAUCUUCACUUAUUGAAUUUGAUACAAGGCUAUUACUUAUGCUGAAAGUGAACAAAUGCAUCUCUCAGCUUUUGAGUGGUACUUCACCACUUUCAAGGGAUGCGGUGAUAGAUUUGUUGGGAAAGUACAUUUCUGAGAGCUCAGAAUUAAUUCAAAAGUACUACAAAGCUAUUUGUGAAAGAGCUGCUGAUAAUAGUAUUCUGGUCCGUAGAAGAGUCAUGAAGCUUAUGAAAGAAUUGUACUUUCAGUGUGAGGAAACUGACGUUCGCGGCUAUAUCUCAAUCCAGUUUCUCAAACAUUCUAGUGAUUCCGAUAAGAUUGUUCGAGAAGUUGCAAGAAGUAAUUUGGUUGAGGCAUGGUUUAAAUCUCAAAUUUCAAAAACUGCGACUUGCGAGGUAAUGGCGUGGUUAAUUAGUUCAGGACCGAGUGCCCAAGAGCAGCUAUUACAAUUUUUCACUUUGGUCGACUCAGAUUUAGAGCAUCGAAAGAUGAGGCAGGAAUUGAAGGUCAUUACAGGUCAAAUUCUCGAGAUGAUUGUCGAAGAAAUAGACGGUGUCAAGAGGUCGCAAGCUACACUCAAGUUGAGUUUGUUGUCAACGAUUGUCAGCUGGGACAAGAAGUUAAUUAGCUUUGACGAUUUUCUUCUCCUACAACCAUAUCUCUUUAGUGAUCACGAUUCGAAGAACGAGAUCUGUCUUAUCAUUCUAAGAAUCUUGAAGUACAUUUUACGCGAUAACAGGUCAAUCAACAAGGAAGAGUUGAUCCGCUUACGAGAUGAAAUCUUCAAGAAGUUGACUAGGCUUGAGGUACUAGAAUUACAUGAAGCUAUUCCAAUACUUCAGCUGAUAGCCGACUUGAUGAAGGAUAACACCAGCAUAUCCAAUGCGAUAUUAUCUACUUUGAGGUUCAUGAGAAGAAUCCUAAGUGAUAAUGUUGCUUAUCAAAGUGACAACCAAACUUAUAAGUGCUGCAAACUUCUUCAUUUGUUGGGUUGUGUGGGAGCCUACUGUGAUUUGGAAGCUGCUAGAGCUGUUAUUGAGAUGGGUGAAGUUGGCCUCUUGCCCAACGAAACUGUGGUGAGUCUUGCCGUGAAGUACCUACUACACUUCACAAAGUCAAAAUAUCCUGAACCUGUAAAGAUAGCUGCUAUCAAGAAUACUAUUGGGGUAUGUGCGCAUCAUCCAAAGAUAUUCAUGUCUGAAUCGAUAUUGAAAGUUUUGGAUGAAGUUUUUGAGGGCGGUUCUUUGGUUGCUAAAUUGACUGCUGUGGAGGAGCUAAAUGAAUACCUUCUCAAAGAAGAUAAGGCCCUGGCUAAAAAUGUCCAUACUUUGACCUCAUCCAAAACUGUAAAGCUUGAUUUGGGAGACUUUCAUGGAACAGUUCCGCAGAGUAUGAAUGAGGGAAUAUCUGCCAGUGUCAUACAGAGGUAUUUGCAAGCAGUCCUUCAAUUAUGCCUCAUGGACUCUUCUGUCGCCUCGAUUAUUCCUGUGCAAUUUCUUCGACUAGUGGUCAAGCUUGGGUUUGCCAAUCCAAAAGUCUGCAUCUCAACUAUCAUUGCACUCAAGGCCUCAUCGAACAAACUAGUCAAGAAGAUUGCAACGGAACUUCAUUUGGAUCUUUUUGAUAGACAUGAGUCCCUCAGUGAUCGGAAUUACGCAGAAGCUUUCAAACUUGCCACAGAUUAUGUUAAGCGAUCAAGAAAGGAUGAGUUUUGGAAAGAAAUAUCCUUUCUACGUUCCGUUUACUCUGUCGUAAACCGCAGUUACCUGGCCAAGAAGAAAUUUAUUCUUUCACUUUCCAAGCUCUUCACUUUGGACUUGUCACUUUCAUCACUUCCAGGGAGCAUUUCGCAGAGAGACAUGAUUGUCUUACUCGCGAUCAAUCUACUGGUUGUUCAUUACACCUCACUAGAGGAAGUAUGCCAUUUGUUGUACCAUUUGGAUAGAUCGAUAACCAUGGAGGGUAUCGAUCUUGCUGAAAAGAUAACAAGCACGGUAGAGUCUAAGUCUGGAACCGGAAUGUCUAUGGAGAAUUUACAGUUUAUGUUUAUUCAUGGACAGACGGUAUUGGCCAUGAUUUAUCUAAGGCAACAACUUGCAGCCAGCUAUGGAAUUGGACCGAACAUCAUGGAUGUAUUCCGGCCCAGUAAGCCUGAUUUGGAGUUGCGCCAACUUCCUCGCUCGGUGUUGAUUAUUGACUACCCCAUUUCGGAAUUGGAGAUGGGCACCAGUUUGGCCCAGCCCGGACCGUUUGGUAAGGUGUUUACAAAGUUGGUGCUGAGCAUGAAAAACUUCACGACAUAG